GUCCAAUAAGAAACAGUCUUUCGUUCGUUCAUUUUCCUUUUUUUCUGACCGUUCUGACGUGCGCAACGUACAUUUCGAUAUAAAGUAUAGUGGAGGUUGAAUUUUUUUUUCUACAAAAGUUAAGGUACUAGAGAUAAUGGCAGCCCAGUGGAUACGAAAAUCAAUCUCUACGAAAAUUGGCAACGUACGCCUCUACGGCAGCAGUGCACGUAAAUGUACUCUAAUACCAGGAGAUGGAAUUGGUCCUGAAAUUUCCGCUGCCGUGCAGAAGAUAUUCGAUGCUGCUAAGGUACCAAUAGAAUGGGAGUCAGUAGACGUAACACCGGUAAAAGGCCCAGAUGGAAGAUUCGGUAUUCCCCAAGCAGCUAUCGAUUCAGUUAACAGAAAUAAAAUUGGUUUAAAGGGACCUUUAAUGACUCCAAUAGGCAAAGGUCACAGAUCUUUAAAUCUUGCAUUAAGAAAAGAAUUCAAUUUGUAUGCCAAUGUACGACCGUGUCUUUCUUUGGAAGGAUAUAAAACGUUGUAUGAUAAUGUAAACGUAGUUACAAUUAGAGAAAAUACGGAAGGUGAAUAUUCAGGUAUAGAACACGAGAUCGUAGAAGGCGUUGUACAAAGUAUUAAAUUAAUUACGGAAGAAGCGUCAAGUAGGGUAGCUGAAUUUGCUUUCCAAUAUGCUAAGGAUAAUAACAGGAAGAAGGUAACUGCGGUGCAUAAAGCCAAUAUUAUGCGUAUGUCGGAUGGUUUAUUCCUUAGAUGUUGUCGGGAAGCUGCACAAAAAUUUCCAGAAAUUAAAUUCGAAGAAAAGUAUUUGGAUACGGUGUGCUUGAACAUGGUACAAGAUCCGAGUCAGUACGAUGUACUUGUCAUGCCCAACCUUUAUGGUGAUAUCUUAUCAGAUAUGUGUGCCGGACUCGUAGGAGGUCUUGGACUUACUCCUAGUGGAAAUAUUGGCCUUAAUGGUGCUCUCUUCGAAUCCGUACACGGAACGGCGCCUGAUAUUGCUGGUCAAGAUAAAGCUAAUCCAACGGCGUUGUUAUUGUCGUCGGUGAUGAUGUUAAAAUACAUGGGAUUAAACGAUCAUGCCCGAAUCAUAGAACAAUCAGCAUAUGAAACCAUCAAAGAUGCGAAAUAUUUAACCGGUGAUCUUGGAGGAAGUGCUAAAUGUAGUGAAUAUACUAACGAAAUUUGCAAGAAAGUAUCUGCACUGUCUAAAUAAAUUAGCUCAUAGAGAAAAUAACGAAAUACGAACUGCCAAAUACUCGUAGAAAAAAUUUGUGAUCUUUUAAAUGCGGUAACGUUAUUUUGAAUCGACAAAUUUCAUCGUAUCAUAAAUGGAUGCAUAGAAUUCUAUUUAUAUUACUUGUGCUGAAUAUAAAUCUUAUCAAAAUACAAUUUUAAAUCGUAUAAAUAUUUACGUAAAAAUUGAUUUUUAUUAAUUUAAUAGUAUAAAAAAUAAAACAAAAAAAAACAAAUAUCUAAUAAUGUGUACCGAAGAUUUGCCCUAAGUUCGCUAUGGCAUUUAUCUCAUACAUAUAUACAUAGAUAAUUAAAAAUAUGUAUCGCGUUACAUACGACACGUUCAAGUAAACGCGUAAUAUGAUCGCGUAGAUUUUUUAUUCCCACCAAUUGUUACGUAUUGUUUACUGGCAGACAAAGGAUCCUAGUAGACUUUGUAAAGAUUAGUUUGUACAAAUUAAUUAAUGUGUAGAUUCACUCUGUAUUAUACUUUUAAAGAAAAACUGUUAUGCGAAGCGUGUACUAAAUAGAAAAAAAAAUAAAAAUACAAGAUCAAGUUACAGAAGUCGAUAUUGUGCAGUAUUACAGACAAAUAAAAAGUUAAAAAAAAAUAUUAAUAAAUAAAAAAGAAACAUCUUCGAACGGACAAA